AUUGUCCUGUGUAAUCUCUGAGUUGAUAUUUCACUAUCUCCAGCCCCUCUGAAUUGUAGACUCAUGAACAGGGAUUUCUUCUUCCCCGUUUGCAUUUCGCCUCUUUUCACCUUUUAAUAUGAUAGGGAUUUUUAAACGAUUAAAAUAUGUCAGAAUGGGUUUUGUGGAGAGUUUUAGAAAUUUCACAGGUUGAAAUCAUGAGUCAAUUAAAGCUAGACCACCAUGGAAAACCUGGAAGCACUGGACGGCUGUUUCGUCCUAGUAUGGGACUCCUGAGCAGUGCGCAUCCACCAUUCCGCACCCUGCGGGAUUCAAACCCAGGACCUACUGGUUUCGCGCUCGAGCACGUGACCAUUAGACCACUGAGCCGACAUCCAAAGGUGUUAGUGUCUCAUUUCAACCAAUCCACGAAAUUGAGCGACACAUCCACCAUUGUCUUCAGUGAGUUACUAUCUCACAACAGACCUGGUUGAACUCCACUGGUAACAACUUCUCACUAGAACUCUAGGAGUAUUUUCCUGAAGUCAGUCACUAGUGAGCAGUUGAUUAUU